AUGACGUCGUGCUCGUACACGGAUUCUUUCCGUCUCGAGGCUGACAUCGACUACGUUUUCGAAGACUACGGCGAGGUCUCGAGCCCGGACGGUUGCUACCAAGAGUCCAUCAACUCUCCCGUAGAAAGUGGGGAAGCUGUGAGUGCUUUUUACUCAGACGGUGGUCUCUCCGAUUACGAAUAUUUCUUCCGGACAUACGAGUUCGACGAUGAUGAGGUGUGGGUAAUCGCCACUUAUUUGGACGAUACAUUCAAUACGAGGUGUAUAGACUACGACCUGAACGAUUAUACUACGCUGCACCCCACGGAAGUGUUAUACUGGGCUUGCGAGGACGAUGAUGGCGGGUAUACAGACUUCUCCGCCACAAUAUCAACCAUCUGCGGCUGCAACACUCCGGCCCCUACUGCAGCCCCUACCACUCCGGCCCCUACUGCAGCCCCUGCCACUCCGGGCCUUACUGCAACCCCCGGGCCUACCCCUAAUGGUUUGACGCCGGCACCGCGUACUCUUAUGGAUACUUCUUCUCCUACUCGUGCUCCUGAAGUUGUAUCUACCCCGCCUCCAGUGAGCACCACCUCGGAUGAAGCAGCUCCAGCGGGAGAAGUGGCUGGAGGGGUGGUGGCGGGCGUGGUGGUGGUCGUGGCCAUCGUCCUUGCUGCCCUGUUCAAGACUGGUCGCCUGAAGAUCAAGCGAACCGGGAAACAACGGAAGCCUUCUCAUGACGAUGUCGCUAGCGGCUCUGGGUCCAUGGGCAACACGCCGCCCGCGGCUUCUGAGCCCCCCGUUCCUCAUCAGUACCCCGUUGCCUAUCAGUAUCCAGAGGCCAUUGAGUAGCCCGAGACGGAGUGAGUCAAUGUCGUACUGUGGGUGAAAGUUUCAUCGUCUUCAUUAGUUCUUGGACAACGCAAACCGACCGUGGGCUGUUGCCGUGACCUUUGCGCCUGAGCGUUGCCGGAAGCCCUGGGUUGAUUGUUAGCGGUGCCAACAGUUAUUUGAAGCUCCAACCCAAAUACUGGCGGUAUUUUCGUGUGGUGGCCCCGGGACUACACUACCCUCUCUUGAGAACUGAAGCUAGUUACGGCGGGGCCUGUUAGGUUCUGAGGUGGAUGUAUUUUCAUGUGAUUGAUUCUUGCCACGCGCCGGGGUCGAACGUCUGUCCAUUAUUGUGAAUAUGUUUCAGCUCUGCCACUUUUCACCACUUCAGGCAUACAUCAGCGGCGGUGGAGUGGUACUGAUAGUGUGGGUAGUUUGAGUAGACUCUCUGGCUACGAUCCUCUGGAGACUUGUGAAAACUGUCUCGUCCAUCGAUAUCGAAACUGGCGUCGCAACUGCCAGAUUCGAGCAGGGUAUAGUACUGAUAAUGAUUGGGAUGCAAUGGGACGAGCACCGCAGGGUUGAGCCAUGUUCUUGACACUCGGCGGAAAAGCACACUAGGACAAAUGUACUUUCCUGGCAAAACAGGGUCGUGGUAAAGGCGGCCAAGGCCGGCGCUCCCGUACGCUCUUCAUCUCAUGUGUGUUCAAGUCAUGUUUGUUCCGGAAGUGAGCUUCCAGUGUAUUUUCUUUCGAGUUUCAUUUUUGGUUGACUGCUCGUUGAGGUUUAUAGAUCCGGAGCGCUGAAGCAAACGUGCACAGAAGUUAUGCGAAUGCUUGUCUGCCUGGAUCAGUUUUAUGUUUUUUGUCGCGAUGAAAGAUUUUCCCAAGGCGAUGAACGAGUUUCUCUUCGGCAAAUCCUAUCUGCCGAUUGCGAUAUGUUGAGGGCGGCACGCGCUCGGUUCGGGUCGCAGUUUAAACGUAUUACGGCCGCGGGUGUUCGUUGUCUAGCUUUGUGGUACUCGGCCCGUGCAAGCGCCUCCUAUGUAGAAUAUGUUGCGAAUCUGACUUAAAUUUGU